CCGGCCCGGGAUGCAAACGAGCAGUCAGGUCCCUCCCGGGGUCGGGCCGCCCGGGGGGUGACGGGAAGGGAGGCCGGCCGGGCGCCGGGAGCCCAGGGCUCGAGGCGGGAAGUGGGCGCGGCGCGGGCUGUGCUGGGCGAGCGGCGGCUGCGGACCAGGAUGAGAGCCGGGCCGCCCGGCCGCCCGCAGCGUCUGGAGCCCCGCUGAAGCCGCCGCGGGGACGCCGUGCGGGAGCCGAGAUGUGCCAGCGCCUGGGAUGUGCCCCACCCGUGACCCUGACAUGGCUGGCUGUCCCUCAGGUGGCCUGAGUGCGAGUGACUUCCGGAAGGUGCUGAUGAAGACGGGGCUGGUGCUGGUGGUGCUGGGCCACGUGAGCUUCAUCGCAGCUGCGCUGCUGCACGGCACCGUGCUGCGCUAUGUGACCGCCCCCCACGAUGCCGUGGCCCUGCAGUACUGCGUGGUCAACAUCCUCUCUGUCACUUCGGCCAUCGUGGUCAUCACCUCUGGCAUUGCAGCCAUCGUGUUGUCACGCUACCUCCCCAGCAGCCCCCUGCGCUGGACAGUGUUUAGCUCGAACGUGGCCUGUGCCCUUCUCUCUCUGACCUGUGCUCUCGGCCUCUUGGCCUCAAUCGCUGUGACUUUUGCCACCCAAGGCCGGGCACUCCUAGCUGCCUGCACUUUUGGGAGCCCCGAACUACUGGCACUGGCGCCUGACUGUCCCUUCGACCCCACACGCAUUUACAGCUCCAGCCUGUGCCUCUGGGGCAUCUCGUUACUGUUCUGCGUGGCAGAGAGUGUGUUUGCGGUGCGCUGCGCCCAGCUCGCCCACCAGCUGCUGGAACUGAGGCCCUGGUUGGGGAAAAGCAGCCACCACAUGCUUUCUCCCCAGGACCAAAGGGAGAGACUUGGAAGUUCAGAGAGCUCAGAUCUCCCAGCUAAGCCAUACAGCUGACACCUGGCUCUCCCAAGGCCCAGGAUGGGAAGAGGUCCUCCCAGCCCCGCAUGUUCUGGAUGUCCUGGAGGAGGAGACCCAGACCCAGACCCAGCAGGCCUGGCAGCCUCCGUUGUCUCCACAGAUACAGGAAAGCCCAGAGCCUGUGGAGGACCGUGACCUGCCAAGCUGCACUAGCUCUGGGCCAUUGACCCUCUGACCACAAAUGCCUCGCCCCAUGGCCACUAGGGCCCUGUACCCAAGUCUGCACUGUGAUCAGGCGGGGAUUCCUGGAGCCAGCCAAGAGGACUCAGCCGCAACUCCAGGACCUGGGUGGGGCUUUCACCCCCCUACUCCAGCCACCCAGCCCACUGCACUGAAACGAGACUUUAUUCUGAAGUUAAUAAAAACAACAGAGAUGCUCCA